AUGUCCGACACCAAGAUCCAAGACCUUCUUAACAAGCCUCGAAGUGAACUCACCGAAUACGAGGUUUCGAUACUGGAAGAACAUGAGCUCACCUCCGGUCCUCUGUCUAUCCUCCAAACCGCAACGCGUUCUCAUGCACAAGUCUUGAUCUCAUGUCGCAAUAACCGCAAGUUACUAGCCAGAGUCAAGGCGUUUGACAGACACUGCAACAUGGUCUUGGAGAAUGUGAAGGAAAUGUGGACAGAGAAACCAAAAGGUGGAAAGGGCAAAGGCGUCAACAAGGAUCGCUUUGUCAGCAAAAUGUUCCUACGAGGAGACUCUGUUAUCCUAGUUCUGUUGAGUUGAAUAAUACAUACCACCAAACGUUUACGGCUUCUCCAUGGUCACAAGACAUUACAUUAAGAGAAAAUGGCAUCACCCAGACCUAUUGCAUUCUGGCUUUCACCAAAUUGCAAGCCUUGAUAUUCAUGCCGUGUUCUUGAGUUCGCAAGUCAACAUCGACAUGGAUCUUGCCGGGGGGUUCACUCUUCUCCUUUCCGCAUGGAGUCGUGUGCUCCUCGCGCCAUCUACUACACAUCAAAUCAGCCGGAAUACGAAGAAUAAUAUGCCAUCUCUCUCAAUUUCUCGGAUUGAUUGAUUGAUUUUUUUUUUAUAAUCAUGUAACGAACCCGAUCGACACAAAAAUUCUAAAACUUUGCUUUCAUUCGUCUGGCGUCCGGGGGCUUUUUGCUCGCAGUAUUCCCCACACAUCUACUUUUUUCUUUCUAUUCAAUGUUUCAAAAGAUGCAAGGCG